AUGGGCACAAUUUUGGAUGCCCUCACUUCGAAAUUUUUGACAAAGCUGGGACAGCUUAUUGAAGAAGAGGUUGUGAUGACACUAACUGUGAAAAAGGAUAUCAAGAGGCUGAAAAAAAAUCUGGAACACUUCAGCGCAGUUCGUGAGGAUGCUGAAGCUCUGGCCAUGGAAGACAGACGGAUACAGGCAUGGUGGACGAAUAUGAGCGAUGUUAUGUUUGAUGUUGAUGUAAUUAUAGAUCUUGUUAUGGUUCAUUCACAUAAGCUUUUGCUGCCACCUAGAUCGCUAGGUUGCAGUCAUAGUUCUAUGGUCUCUUGUUUUAGAAAGCUUUCAUUUGAUCACAAGGUGGCUAGAAGAAUUAAGGACAUAAAUGAGAAGCUUGAUGAGAUCAAAAUGAACACAGAGAUGUUCAGCUUGGAUAGAACCACUCGUCAACAAUUCCAAGUAACAGCUGUGGAUAGAAAUCAGACAUCUUCUGUAGAUGAACUAGAGGUUAUUGGAAGAGAGAUCAAACAGUCUAUCAAUGACAUGGUACAGAUGAUUACUUCCAGCUGCCAUGAGAAUAGAUCAAUUGUUUUAGGGAUCCAUGGAAUGGGAGGCAUCGGUAAGACAACAUUAGCUCAGAAGAUAUAUAAUGAGCAGAUGAUAAGAGAGAAAUACCAAGUACAUAUAUGGUUGUGCAUCUCUCAUAGCUACACAGAGACCGGGCUGAUAAAGCAAGCAAUACGAAUGGCCGGAGAAAAGUGUGAUAAAUUAGAGACCAAGACCGAGCUUCUACCACUUCUAGUGGACACUAUCAAAGGAAAGAGUGUUUUUCUUGUGCUGGAUGAUGUGUGGAAAUCUGAUGUCUGGAUUGAUCUUCUGCAAUCACCUUUCAUGAGAGCCUCGAUUUUCCAUGUCCUUGUCACCACAAGAAACCUAGAUGUUUUGGCAGAAAUGCAUGCAACAUAUACUCACCAAGUAAACACAAUGAAUUAUCAUGAUGGCCUAGAGCUGCUUAUGAAGAAGUCCUUGCAACCGUACGAGCAAAUUGGUGAAUUCAAGAAUGUUGGGUAUGAAAUUGUGAAGAAAUGUGAUGGCCUUCCUCUUGCCAUCAAGGUUAUUUCAGGUGUCUUAUCUACCAAAAGAACAACUGCAGAAUGGAAGAGCAUCCGAGAUAGCAAAUGGUCGAUUCAUGGACUCCCCAAAGAACUUGGAGGCCCCUUGUAUUUAAGUUACAACAACUUACCCCCUCGACUUAAGCAGUGCUUUCUUUGGUGUGCUUUGCUGCCUCCUAAUUUUGAAAUUCAUCGUGAUUCGGUAGCUUACUGGUGGGUCGCCGAAGGUUUUGUGAGGAAAGAGAAUAACUUCCCAAUACAUGAAAUUGCUGAAGAGUAUUAUCUUGAGUUAGUUAGGAGGAAUCUUCUGCAGCCAAUACCAGAGUUUGUGGACAAGGGUGCGUCAACAAUGCAUGAUCUAUUGAGGUCACUUGGACAAUUUCUGACGAAGGAUCACUCCCUAUGCCUGAAUGUGGAAAGUAUCGAUACCAUGUCGAAUCUGCGCCGGUUAGGUAUCAGUCAUGCUGUAGAAGAACUACCCGCUCUAGAAGAGCACAAAUGCUUGAGGAGCCUCCUACUUUUUAAUAACAAGAACUUCAAGUCGGUUCACAAGGACAUUUUUAGAAAGCUCGAGCAUAUCCGUAUCUUAGUUCUCAGUGGAACAGGCAUACUGAAAAUACCAGAGUCACUGGGAAACUUGUUGCUAUUGAGGUUGCUAGAUCUGAGCUAUACAGAAAUUAACAAACUUCCAGAGUCCACAGGAGGCCUCAUCAGCCUUGAAUACCUCUCGUUGCUUGGUUGCCACAAAUUGGAUAGCCUGCCAGCUAGUCUGAUGAGACUGUCCAACAUAAGUUUUUUGCAGCUAGAGCACACUGCAAUUGAUCAUGUUCCAAAAGGGAUCGCAAAGUUUCAGAAACUCUACAACCUAAGAGGAGUUUUUGAGAGCGAGACUGGGUUCAGAUUGGAUGAAUUGCGAUGCCUCCCCAAUAUCCAACGUCUCUGGGUUAGUAAGCUAGAGAAAGCGACACCAGUGGGUGAACUUAUACUGAAGAACAGUUGUAACCUUAAAGAACUGGGAUUGCAGUGCACAAUGAGCGUGGGCACUCAUGAUAGAACUCGCUACGAGCACGACGAGGUUCAGAUAAUUCAGCAAGUCUACGAUAUGCUCAUCCCAUCACCAAGUCUAGAAUAUAUUUUUCUUGUUGGGUUCCCAGGUACUAUGUUGCCAGAAUGGCUACGAUCAAACCCGGAGCUUAACAUGCCAAGUUUGCAACAGAUGCACCUCGAUGAGUGUAUAUCAUGUUCAGAGCUUCCACCAGCAGGUCAGAUGCCACAACUGCAAUUUCUUAAGAUUCAAGGCGCAGAUGCCAUAGAGACCAUUGGCAAAGAGCUCCUGGGAAAAGAAGUCAGAAAUCCAGCGGCCUUCUUCCCAAAGCUUGAAGUGCUUCAGGUCAUUGACAUGCGCAAUUUGAAAAGUUGGUCCCUCAACACUGGGAAUCCCUGCGAUAACAUGGAGAGGAACUCUCAACAUAUCUCUGUGAUGCCUUGCCUUAAGCGUCUACUGCUUCUUGAUUGCCCAAAACUGAGAGCUCUCCCUGAGGACUUGUACAUGGUUGUUAACUUGAAGAGAAUCCACAUUGAAGGUGCACACGAGCUGCGAGAAGUUAUCGACCUUCCCGCGGUUGUGUGGCUCAAGGUGAAACACAAUACAUGUUUGAGGAAGAUCUCCAACCUCAGUAAGUUGCAGGACCUGUUUGCGCAGGACUGCCCUGCACUGGAUCAGGCAGAGAACCUAUGCUCACUGAAACGCCUGUACAUGGUUGAAUGCCCACACGAGCAAGACUUCCGGGAGUGUCUCUCAGAAGAUGAGCAAGGCUUCCUGGUCCAUGGUGCUGAUGGUCGCGAUAUCUUCCCAGAUGAAUCUCUCUAUAAUUAGGCAGGAGCGACACUUAUUGAAGAGAUCAUGGUAAGUUGAUAACAUCGAAGAUUUCAGGCGUGCACAUGCUUAAUAAGAUCAGAUGGGACGCCAUCCCUGCUCUUCGCUUCGAUUCCUCGGAUAACUGCCUCGCUACAAGACUGGUUGUCUGAUAACACCAACGACAAGGUUCAGUCUACAGUUAUUAUUGCAUUGCUUUGGAGUUUAGGGAAAAUUCGUAACGCGACUUCCAAAACAAGGAGGAGGAGCUCCAUGUGAUUCUACUUAGAGCUGCAAAUGACAUCAAACUUUGGUCUGCAAGGUGCAAGAAU